AUGCUUCUGAAAGUUCUCUCAUCUCUCCUGGAGCUUGGCCGCUCAAUUGGCCGUACUCUAUUCUCGGUGAUUCUGGCGUUGAUAGAGGCUAGUUUGACCAACCAAGGAGAUGACGCGUUUCGAAUGAAGUUCGAUUGCAUUUCAGAAGAUGCUCACAACCAGGGAUCACCUCGGGGCUGCGUGCAGUCUGAAUCGGAUCUUGAUGAAGGGUCGGUUGUUGACCCAGGGAGAUGGCAAAGAUGGUCAGCCAAUCCCAAUACAAAUCCCAGAACUGCGACUCGAUUGAGUGAUGCUUUCUUCGGGAAUCAAAAACUAAAACGAAGAUCCAAGAUUUGGAUCACCAAGAAAUGGAAGCAUGGUUGUUUCCAGGAAAAUACAUUGGAAACCGCUCAUGACAGUAAACGUGCCAAGAUUUCCAAAAUAGAGAUCUGGCGAUUCACGCUCCCCUCCUCUUCCUGCCUCGAUGAGGAGGUUGAGACUGACGCUGAUACGACACAAUCCGCGUUGUAUGAGCGCUUCACUGAUGGCGAUUAUCACUACUGUAUGGAUCGUUCCAGAUUUCUAAUAUGGUCGGCCACUAGAAUUUGUGGGCGGGAUCGGCCAUUUGGCCACGCCUGGUUUUUUCUGGUGCUAUCUCGCCGCCGUUCCUCUGCCGGCGUCAAAACUCAGGGAGGUAGAAACGUAAAGGCGGAGGUAAUGGAAUAG